AUGGAUUCCUCACAUUCACGAAAUGUCCUCGGCGUGGAUAAUACUGCCGCUGGUGUAAAACGCUCAGCACCUGGCUCUUUGUUGCCACCGUUCGAACCAAGCUCUUCUCCUCCAUGUUUUAAAUGUCACAGUUCUCACACAUCCGAGAGCAAGAAUCGAUAUCCGACUCCGGUUCGCUCAUCCUCUCUCGGUAUCCUCUCGACUCCCCCUCCUCAGCUAUCGUGCAAACCUGCCAACACUCUCCAGAAUCAUAUCACCAACCACCUUGCUUUCUCGCGUCUUUCUUCCACCCCGCUUUCUGCACUCUUGUCUAACCUCCCAUCGUCACUUGCACAAUUGGUUAAUAAGGAGCUUCUUAUUGACGUUUUGAAUAACCUUCAUUGCGUGGGAGAAAUCAAGCGAUCUGGUAAAGACGCAGCUGGAAAGCCACUAGAAAGCGAAUAUUGCUAUACCCCCGACCGUGAUACAGAUUCGGGUAGACGCGAUGCUGUUGUGCAAGGAAUGGGACGGGUUGGGUUGAGGGCGUGCCGAAGAACUCACAAGGUAUGA